CCCGCGCACAGUGACUGCCCCGCAGCCGCGACACGCGACAUCAUACGCGCGGACCACUCCGUCUUCGCAAGGCGGACGCAUUCAGGACGCUACCACGGUUGUCGCGCCGCGAUGAUGCGUCACCACCGCCGCCGCGGCACGGCCGUCGCUCUGAAAGAAAUGUUUUUCCGGUUGGUGAUUAUGUUGAUGCUCUCUAUGGAGGUGUGUUGGGGUUCAGAUCCGCCGAAAUCUUACGGACCGUCUUCAUCGAAAGACAGUUACCAAAACAAUUACGAGCCCGAGAUCCAAAGACCACUAGCUGUGUUCACCGAAAGACCGGUGAACGUGGCCAACUUUGUACUAAUCCCAGUGGUACAAGUCCCGUCCUCAGACUUAAGGGUGAUUUAUAGACCGCAGAUCGACAGUGUUUCGAAAACCGAACCAAUAGUAAUGUGUAAAUCGUUGACAAAAUCAAUCGAAGCUACGCCAGCGGUGCAAGUUCCGUUACAGCAACCGUUCUACCUGUACGACGAGUAUACAGUCAUCCCGUUCCCGAAGACCGUGACCAUUCUGCACGGCGGAUACCGCAUGUCGAUCCCAGUCGGCGUGGUCGUAGCACCUGUCCCCGUGGGCGUGCUCAGAUCCGGUCCGGUGUUCGUCACCACCCUGUACGCCAUACCCGCAAGCCCGUUGCCCACACCGUUGCCAUUCAGUUUUCAUUCCAAUAAACAUAGAUUUGUGCCGUAUCAGCCCGCCUAUCCGGCGCCACAGUCGUACUCGGUAGCAGGACCACCGUCACCGUAUACUCAAGCAGGACCACCAUCGCCAUACUCUCCAGCAGGACCUUCGUCACCGUACUCUUCAUCAGGACCUUCGUCAUCGUACUCUCCAGCAGGACCUUCUCACACUCCAGCAGGACCUUCCCACACUCCAGCAGGACCUUCGUACUCCCAUCCAGCACCUCCAUCUCCGUACUUGCCAGCAGCACCUCCGUCUCCACCGCUGUACUCGCACUCUGUCUCGCAAUACUCGCACCCGGCCUCACAGUACUCGCACCCUGUGCCUCCAGCACCAACCUACUAUAGCAAUUCCGGAGGUGACUACAGCGAAGACGGGCCACCCGGCAAACUCUACUCGCAGCUAGCCGCUACGACGUUCCAAAACUCCAAAGAAUCGCCACUGCUACAACAGCUUAGGGAAGAGUCGGAGAAAAACCGCAAGAAAUACGUGCCACCGUCGUUUUCCAACCAGUAUCAAACAAUAGACGCGUAGAGUUCGAUUGGUGAUCGAUCGAGUUGCCGUUGCUUUUAUUUUUUACUCUACGAAGCCUAUUUUUUUGUACAUCUAAACUCUAUACAGUUCAGUUUAGGUUGAAAUAUUUUAUAAACACAAGACUAUAUUUUAUAUAAUUAUUUUU